GAGCGUUGAUAUAGGAAUGAAUGAAUGACAUGAAAACUGUUUGUCAAAAUUGAUUUUAUAUUGUGGCCAAUGAAGCAGGACAGGAGCCAUGUUACUAGAAAACCCUAAAGAAAGAAGUCCGUCUUCUAAUUUCAGUCAAGCCUCCCAAAACCAGGUGCACGUGUGUACUCCUACAGGCUGCCACCCCUUCUGGCUCCUCUGCGCCUGUAAAUGAAGAGAUACGGCCAAGGUUGAACGGUUCCUCAUCUUCCCUCUCGCAAAGUGAAGUCGAUUCGUUGAAAAUAGCAUUCGGUUUUCCGAAAUCUAGAGUUAAACAGUGUAGGAAAGGUUACUCUCUCAAUGCCUUCAGAUGGGAAGAGAAAGAAUAUGCAGAUAGAUUGCAUUCUUCUGCUUUUGUUGCAUGAGCUUUCAUUAAAUAUAAAGUCUAUUUGCUAUAAGAUGGGGCUUGCCCUUUGUUGAUCAACAUGAGCUCUAUGGUAUAAGUUGCCUUUUAAUCAGGGAAAUGGAUGAUGUUCGUAUGCACGGUACAGUAAUUGACCGAAAAAACCAGAGAGUUAGAUGUAAAUACUGCAACAAAGAUAUGAGAGGCAUUACUCGUCUUAAAUAUCACUUGGCCUGCAUCCGUGGGGAUGUAGCACCAUGCCAAGAGGUUCCCUUGGAUGUGAAAGCGCAAAUGGGUGUCCUGAUUCGGGAAGGGAGGCAAAGGCUGAAAAGUAAAUCUGGGAAACUUGAGUCCUCUAGACUAUUACGUGGCCGCAAUAACUCUACAAAGUCUGUGAAAGCAUUUCCAGUCUCUUGUAAAGAUACUCAAGCAGCUGAAGUAAUGGAGCAGAAAGUUGUCAACUUGAGUCCCAACGUUAUGACAGAAAAAUUUUAUGAUAAUGAUACAGUGACAGAAAGUAGCUCAUUCUGUAGAAGAAAAAACGAAGAUGAUUCAUGGAGACAUGCUUGCCUAUGCAUUGGCAAAUUCUUUUAUGACAGUGGUAUUGAUUUUUGUGAAGCCAACUCUCCUUACUUCAAGUCCAUGAUAGAUGCAAUUGUAGCAUGCGGAUCUGGGCAUGCUCCCAGUCCUAGUGAACUGAGAGGAUGGAUCCUUCAUGAAGAGUUAAAAGCAAUAAAUCAGCGUUUAGAAGAUGCAAAGAGUUCAUGGGAAACAACAGGAUGCAGUAUUUUGUUGGAUAGUUGGACUGACAAUGGCGGAAGGGACCUGCUUUGUUUCAUUGUUGAUUGCCCAAAAGUUACCAUACUUCUAAAAUAUAUUGAUGCAUCGGAUCAUAUCAAAGAAGAUGAUUUAGUGAAAACUUUUAAUGGAGUCAUUGAGAUGGUCGGAAUUCAGAAUGUGGUGCAGGUUGUUACUUGCAACACCACUGAUUACAUGGAAGUUGUACGGGAAAGACUUAUGGAAGAACAGAAGAAUAUGUUUUGGACUCAUUGUGCUGUUUAUUGUAUAGAUCUGAUGUUGGAAGAGAUCGGAAUCAUGAUUAACAUGAAAGAGGUGCUUCAUAAUGCCAAGCUCAUAACAAAAUUCGUUAAUAGCAAUAUGCAGAUUUUGGCUUUGCUGAAGAAGCAUACUUCUGGGAGAGAAUUGGUCUGCCCGGCUAAGACACGGUCUGCAACUGACAUUCUUACAUUACAGAACAUUGUGUCAGAGAAGGAAAACCUGCGGAAUAUGUUCAAUUCAACCUCUUGGAAAGCCUCAACCUGGAGUUCUACAACCAGUGGGAAGGAGGUAGCUGAUUUGGUCUGGAAGCCUUCAUUUUGGGCUAGUGCCGAACAGGUUCUGAAGGUUAUGAUCCCUUUGAUUCGGGUGUUAAGAUUAGCAUAUGGAGACGAGAAAAGGCCAAUGGGCUACAUUUAUGAGGCCAUGGAUCGUGCCAAGGAGACCAUACAGAUUGAUCUUAAUUAUGAUGAGGCCAAGUAUGUACCUAUUUGGACUGUGGUUGACAGGAUCUGGAACAAUCUUUUGCACAAUCCUUUGCACUCAGCUGGAUACUAUUUAAACCCUGGGUAUUUUUAUUCGGAUGAUUUUUUUGGUGACGCAGAAGUUGCAGCGGGUCUUCUUGAUUGUGUUGAGUGCUUGGUGCAGGAUCUAAAGGUGCAGAACCUACUGCAUCUCCAACUCGAUGAUUACAGAAAUGUGAAGGGUGGCUUUGCCAUGCAGCAAGCAAUUGAAGGCAGGACCAAGUGUCAUCCAGUUGAGUGGUGGUCUUUGUAUGGGGGCCACUGUCCUGAGUUGCAGAGAUUUGCAAUGCGUAUUUUAAGCCAAACAUGCAGUGGCAUGAGAUGCAGACAGGACAGGGGCUUAUUACGGCAGCUAUGCACAAAAGAGAAAAGCAAAAUAGAGCAUAGUCUGCUAGAAGAUCUUGUUCUUGUCCAUUGUAAUCUUCAAAUGCAGCGGCCUUUAACGAUCUCAGACGACAACAUGGACUCACUUCUCUUGGAAAAGAACAACUGGGUGAGUGAUUGGAUAGUAGCCACCAACCGGGGUCUCAAAAAUGUUGACUGUAAAAUGAAUGGACUUGGGCCAUGAUGUAGGAUGUCGUAAAGAUUAUCCUGUAGAAUAUUUUGCAAAAGUUGAGGCACCAGACUAUUUUUGUAACUAGAAGUAAAUGUUAGUGAACAUAUUUUUUUGUGUCGUGUUCCCAA